AUGAUGACUAAGUUUUUAAAGAGUUACUUGCGGCGUGUUGUUUACCCUUUGGAAAAGCUGUUGACAUCUCAUAAACGUCUGGUUAUGAAAGAUAGUGCAGUGAAUGCAAUCUGCUAUGGGGCCAAGAUCAUGCUUCCUGGUGUUCUCCGAUAUGAGGAUGGCAUUGAGGUCAACCAGGAGAUUGUGGUCAUUACCACCAAGGGGGAAGCUAUCUGCAUGGCUAUUGCAUUGAUGACUACAGCAGUGAUAUCUACCUGUGACCAUGGUAUAGUAGCCAAGAUAAAGAGGGCAAGUCAGAAGAAGAUGAUGAUCAAGCAAGGCCUUUUGGACAAGCAUGGCAAACCUACAGACAACACCCCUGCCACCUGGAAACAGGACUACAUUGACUGUACUGAUUCUGGCAAGAAAGCACUGGUUGCUGAAGCAGUACAAGCCCCUCAGUUAGCUGGUGAAACAGUUAAAGUCAUAAAAAGGAAGCGGGAAAGUGAGAGUGAAAGUGAUGAGACCUCUCCAGUUGUUCCUCAGUUGAUGAAAAAGGAAAAGAAGAAGAAUAAGAAGAAUAAGAAGCCUAAAACCGUGCUAGAAAGUGGGGGCGAGGCUGGAGAUGGGGACAGUGACAUCAUGAAAAAGAAAAAGAAGAAGAAAGUAAAAGUGGUGGAAAAGAUGUCUGAAUAGUAAAAGCCACUUGAAGCAUUGUGUCCAGCUAGGAGGAGAAAUGAAAACCUUAUUGAAAAACAUUUUGUUGAGGAGUAGAACAGAGGUCCCAAACAGAGUAUAGAGUUCUGGUACACUUUAGCCUACACUUGUGACCUCAGUGGUUAGGUUGUGGCCAUUUCAUUCUAUCCUGUCCUGUCCUGUUUUAAGGAUAUGAGAGAUGAAAAGCAGUUUUUGCCACUGACCCCUCUGCUUGCUUGAGUGGGGGAGCAUACCUUCAGACAUGGCACUGCCUAGUAACUGUCUGCAGCUGUUUACUAAUGGCCAUUUUAAACAAUGCCAUAGAUAGUUCUCUCCUAGUUUGUUUUUUUUUUAAUGUUUGUAAAAUUUAAAUCUGCUAAAUAAAAUGGUAUAGAACCUUCAAAAAAAA